AUGGGUGAGAUCGUGUGUGGUCCAAGCGUUUUUGGCUUGGAAAUGGAAGUCCUUUAUGGUCUAUUCCAACCAGGUGUCUCGCUUACGUUAAGCCCCCGGUAUUUCGUUCAAAACCGCUUGAACCAAAAGCUAUACAUUCAGAGUUUUGCCUCGCACGACAAGGACCCGCAGAAGGUCGACGAUAUGUUCCACAAGCGAAGUGUAGAUGAUGUGAAGCAGUUACAUCUGGCUCUGGAGGACAGUCAGACUACACCACUGUAUCACUUCGGGUCAUUGAAAAAGGGCGAGUCUGUGGAGCAAAGUCAGCGCUAUAUUUCGUUCUCGUUCUCAGAAGAAUGGGGCACUGACGCUGACAAAAAGAACUGGUCGUUUGCGAUUCCGAUCAACACAGCUGGAGACGUCUACUUACAGGUCUACUCAUCUGUGCGCCAACGCUAUCUUAUUUGCCAAGCGAGUGUGCAAGUGGUGGACAUGUACGUCUAUGUAGUUCUGACAGAUGUGUCUUGCGCACCACCGUAUCGCAUCGAAAAUUACACCCCGUUCACGAUAGAUUACGCUCAGUUGGGCGAGUCAUCUAUUUUCAGCAGCGGGCAAAAGCAAACAGCUGCUACUAUCAAACCCGGGGCGUGGCACGCUUUUGCGUGGUUUAAUCCUUUGUCGAAGGAACGCCACGUCGAGCUCCGUCUGUCACAUAUGGAUGCCCUCAAGGCGCAGACGAAGAAAUAUGACAUUGACUAUGUUGGCUACCUGGACCCCAUCACCAUGUGGGUGUCUCAUGAUGGCGAGAAACAGCACGCCGUGAGGUUGACUGUACAAGUCGUUGUUGACGAGAGUACGCGUGUGCUCAAAAUUGCUGAGAAGGAACUAGAGCUUAGUCGAUUGACAACCCAGGACUCGGAGGGUGAUCUCCAGCACCGACGAAUGCUUUACGCAUCUUCUUUCGACAUUGCAUUCGUGGGUUUUGGCUUUUCCUUGCUGGAUGGCUUCCCACAGGAAGUAUUUUUCGCAUCGGCAGAUAUUAUGAAGGUGCAAAAAGCCCCUGCGUCGCUAGAAUGGACAUUCUCGGUGCUGCAUUGCCAAGCAGACAACAUGUUGGCGACUGCUAAGUUCCCUGUAAUAAUGAAUCCUGUAAGUUCAGGCUACAGUGAUAAGUCCGUGGGCAAGAAACCUGAGCCGUUUUUGAAGCAGGUUCUUGAUGCUGACCUGGAAGCUCGGCUGGGAACGUACAAGCUGCUCGAAUUUAGCUUAGGUGACGUAGCAGUGAAGGUGGAUAUCGAUUAUCUGGUGACCCUUGUAAGACUUCUAGAACCGUACUUGGUCUCUGAUGCUACCACGGCCCACCGAACGAAGCUAACGUUGGAGAAAACGCUUCAACGUCGCGCACCACCAAUGCCGGUAAUGUUAGUGACAGCAGAAGGUGGCAUUCACACAGAUUUGGUGUACUUUGACGUCUUGCGCAUCUCGUCGUUGUCUGUUGAGUUAGAGUACUCAAUCACACGCAAAGACAUCGUGUCGUCGACUGGUGGUGGCCACUCGGUGAUUUUUGGCUUUCUAAGCCAGAUCAUUGGCCUUGUCGGAUCAAACCUAAGUGGUUCUCCGACAUUUAACUUUAGCGAGAUUGUGAUUGUAUGCUGUCUAUCAACGAAGCAGAGGCUCCAGAAUCAGUUGAUCGCGAACUAUGUUCAGCAGGGCAUACUGCAGGCGUACCGUCUUGUUGGCAGUGCAGAUAUCAUUGGCAAUCCGAUUGGACUUGUUGAAGACUUGGGUUCCGGUGUUGUGGAGUUUCUAAAGAUCACAAAGGGUGAACUGACGACUGGCGAUGCUCAAACUCGUGGCGAAGGCGUGAAGGUGCUUGGCAAGACUAUCGUAAAAUCCGGUGCGUCUUCGGUCGCGAAGAUUACAGGCUCGCUAGAUAAGUUUGUGGGCGAGUUCGCGGGCGACAGUAAAAGCGAUACAUCCGGUGGUAAUGAUUUGUCGUCGACUGACAAUGCUGGUGUCAAGUUUGCAAAGGACCUCGGCCGCGGCUUCACUGGUAUAUUUACGAAGCCUGUCGAGGGAGCUAUGAAAGGUGGUGUGACUGGACUUGUGCAGGGCACAGUACAAGGCAUUACUGGUCCUGGUGUUGUCCUGCUCAAGGGUCUUACGUCGACGUCUCAAAACCUUGCGCUGGGUGUACGGUCUACGGUUGUGAAUCGCUCCCCAUUUGGCGGCCGCCGCCGGAAGCCGAAACUUGUUAAAAACGAUAAGUUGAUUGCGGAGUUCGAUGAAACCCAUUACAAACCUACUCUGUUGAACUUGGAGAUAUUGGUUGCUAAUGGACUGGACUCGGAUAAGUCAUGUGAUCCAUUCUGUGUUGUACGAUUGGAUGGUGUCGAUGUAAUGAGGACUGCGGUAAUUUACAACACGGUAAACCCAGUGUGGCAAGAGAAGAUACAGCUAGCGUUAACAGACAAGGAGAACGAGGUGCAAUUCGUGGUAAAGGACUCAUAUGGCGGCACCGUAGCCAAGACAAUUGGCAAGUGCAUUUUGAGCAUGGCGCAGCUCCAAGACGACUUUAAGCCGCCUGAGUAUUCGUCAGAUCUUGCCGAAUGGGUUCACACGGAGGUUAAGCCAGGAAACAACAAGAUGAACACGAGCCAUGUGAUCGCAGAGAAGGAUUAUCCACUCGUCAUGCUGCAGAAAAACAGCUAA